AUGGCGAAAAUAGGCAAACCAGAUUUACAGCGAAUCACAGAUUUCGCUGAGCCGAUCAUCAAGCGCUACAAUGCAGAGAACCAACCCCUGGCGUUCUGGGUGUUUGACAUCAAGUCCGUCGAGGACGCAAUCAACAGGUGGGCAAAAGUUCUUCCAAGCGUCCACCCAAUGUAUGCAGUCAAAUGCAAUCCUGAACCACAUUUAGUCGAGUUAUUGGGUAAUUUGGGGUGUGGUUUCGACUGUGCGACCUUGAACGAAGUGAAGGAGGUGUUAAAACUUGGGUUCAGAGUGGAGGACAUCACAUUCAGUCAAGUUUUCAAGCCAUAUCGCGAUUUGAUUAUGGCCUACGCACUGGGAGUCCGUUUGACAAUUGUUGACUCUGUGAACGAAGUUCAGAAAAUCGCAAAAUACGCGCCAGAUAUGGGCAUAAUGGUUCGAAUUAUGAAAAAUGACACCACUGCCAAUUACUCACUUGGAGACAGGUUCGGACUCAGAGACGAAGCAGAGUACGAAGAUGUUAUAAAGGAAAUUGCGAGGCUGAAACUCAACAUGAAAGGCGUCCAUUUCCAUGUUGGAAGCGACUCACAAAAUUGCCAAAUCUUCAAAGAAGCACUUCAGGUUGCAAAAUUUCUUGUUGACAUCUCUCACAAAUACGGACUUCACCCUGAUUUGUUUGACCUUGGAGGAGGGUUUUCCCAAACAGCACCUUUUGAAGACUUUGGAGAGGUCAUCGAGAAUUCGAUCAAGGAACUCGGGUUUCCUGAGGGCAGUCGUUUCAUAGCAGAGCCUGGAAGGUACCUUGCAUCGAAUGCUUUUCAUUUAGUAACAUCGAUCCAUGGGAAGAGAGUGAGAAACAUAGACGGCAAGCGUGAAAUUGACUACACUGUUGGCGAUGGAAUACACGGCUGUUUGGCGCAUUGCCUUCUUUUCAACAGAGAAGACGAGUGCUAUUGUCCGACUAAACGAUCAGAGGGUGCUGUUUUGUACAAGUCGUACAUAUUUGGACCAAGUUGCGACGGAAGAGACCUGACUUCGUCUGGGCUUUUCCCCGAGCUGCAAGAGGGUGUUGACUGGAUCAUCUUUCCAUGUACUGGGGCUUAUUCAAUUUCACUGGCAACAAACUUCAACGGGUUUGAGUCGAAAGAGCACGAUGUCCAUAUCAUGAAAUCAGAAGAUGUUGACAAGAUCAAAGUCCCCCCUUAUAUCGAGAAGCACUCUGUCCAUGCGCUGAGGUCUAAAGUACCAAAAUGGUUCCAAGAAUAA